AUGUGUACAUUGAAACUAGGUCGAUAUGUUUCAUCUAUAUUCAUUUGUUUUGCGAUCAUUCAUAGCAUUCUACUUGGCACUUCUUAUAAUAUUCAACCAACACUGGGAUGUGUCUUAUCGAAUUAUGUCUGGGUUCAGUAUUCAACAUUUUUCUUUUAUCCAAUUUUAAUUGGUUUCCUGCCUAUUGUAAUUGCAUCAUCAUUUAGUAUCUUAGCUUAUCAUAAUGUUCGCCAUAUAGUCCGACGACAAUUACCAAUUGUACGUCGUAAACUAGACAAACAAAUAACAGCAAUGGUUCUUACACUUGUAAUGGUUUUUGUUUGUUUGACACUACCUUAUAAUGUUUAUCGUAUCUAUGCCAUUAAUUUUCCUAUAUCACCAAGUAUGCCUAUGGCAUAUGCAAUUGGUCGAUUAAUUCAAAUCAACUUUUAUAUUUUUAUAAUAUUUUCAUCACGUUUUCGUCGUCAAGCGAGACAUGUUUUAGUAAAAAAAUGUUGGCAACGAUGGAAAUAUUGGUGUUGUUCCAUAAAUAAUCGAAUUGAACCUGACAACAAUAUCGAACCACGUCUUGCUAUUAAUCAACCAAAAUUAUGUCCAUCGGUAACAUGGAACUCUAAUGCUGUGACAUUUACUGAUCAGAAUACAAUUGGUACACAGCCGUAUAGCAUUUCAAUUGAUAACAAUAAUACUAUCUAUAUAGCAGAAGGAAAUCUUAAUCGUGUUCAAGUCUGGUUAAAUGGAAAUGGAACUCCAAUAAGAAGGAUUUCUAAUGGUUUGAUUACACCACAAGCUGUUUUUCCUUCGAUAAAUGGUGAUAUUUAUGUUGAUAAUGGUAAGUUUAAUGGUCAAGUAGAUAAAUGGACAUUAAAUACAAUAAAUGGUAUUACAGUCAUGAAUAUUACUGAUGCUUGUUAUGGUCUCUUUAUCGAUAUCAACAAUUAUCUUUAUUGUUCCAUCGAUGCAACUAAUAACGUGAUUAAACAAUCACUUGAGAAUGGUACGCUGACUAUUGCUGCAGGUACUAGUAUUGGCGGAAAUAAUGCAAAUCAGCUUCGUCAACCUCGAGGAAUUUUUGUUGACAUCAAUUUGAAUAUGUAUGUAGCAGAUUCUGGAAAUGCAAGAAUUCAAUUAUUUAAACCAGGACAAUCAAACGCAACAACCGUAGCAGGAACUGGAGCACCGGGAACAUUCACAUUCAUCAAACCGAUAGCAGUUAUACUUGACUCUGAUGGGUAUUUAUUCAUUGCAGAUUUCGAUGGUCAUUGUAUUAUAAGAUCAGGAAGAUCAGGAUUUUAUUGUUUAUUUGGAUGUACAUAUCAUCCAGGUACAGCGUCGAAUCAAUUACAUAGUCCCCAGAGUCUCAGUUUUGAUAGCUAUGGAAAUAUUUAUGUCGCCGAUUCUGAAAAUCAUCGAAUUCAAAAAUUUAUUCUGCGAACAAAUUCAUGCGGUAUCUCUUAUAAUCAACCAAAGUUUUGUUCAAAUGCAACAUGGAAUCCUAACGCUACAACUGUUGCGAAUAGUACCACCCUUGGCCUAUAUCCCCAAGGUCUCUUUGUCAAUAAUAACAACACUGUUUAUAUGUCUGCAACUAGCUUUAAUGAUAUUUUAGUAUGGUUAGAAGGAAAUGUGAGCCGACAAACAUAA